UCUUCUGUUUGGUCGUACUUCGAAUCAUUAUUAUUUUUUUCGUUUUUGGUUUUGCCAUAAAAAAAUUUGAUAUUUCUUUGGUUGUUCAAAAUUUCUCCCUUCCAUUUGACGUUUCUACUGGGUUUUCCUUUCAGAGCUUCUUCGUCUGUCUUUUUAGGUGUUUGCAGAUAGUAAUUUCUUUCAUUGAACUAGUUUCCACAUCUGGGUCUUCUAUGUCACUUGCAAUUCGUAAAAAAUUAGGGUUUUCUUUAAGCUUCUAGGCUUUCUCUACCCAACCCCCUUUCUUUUAUUGCUUAAUUUGGUACCCUAAAUGGAGCCGAUGGAUGAGUCAAAGGUUGUGGUGGAUCAAUUGGUUGAGAUUAUCAGGGAGAUAUCUGGGUUUCCUGAGUGCCGGAAUACGUCGAAGAAGAUGUACGGUAAUCUCGUGAGACGGGUGAAGCUGCUAAACCCUCUUUUUGAAGAACUGAAGGAUACUGAGGCGUCCCUCGGUGACGACCAAGUUCGAGCUCUUGGGUCGCUCAAAAUUGCUUUGGAUUCUAGUAAGGAGCUUCUUCGAUCAGUCAACGAAAGGAGCAAAAUCUAUCAGGCUUUGCAGAGGGAUAAGAUUGCAGGUGAAUUCCAAAUUGUGACGGAAAAUAUUGGGAAUGCAUUGAGCAAAGUUUUCUAUGAAAAACUUGAUUUAUCAGAGGAAGUUCUAGAACAGACUGCACUGGUGCAUGCUCAAUUCACAAGGGCAAAAGAAAGAAUUGAUACUCCCGAUUUACAACUGCGCUUCGAUUUGUGCAUGGCACUAAAAGAAAAGGAACUUGAUCCAGCCAUUCUAAGAAGGCUUUCAGAAAAGCUGCAGCUCAGGACUAUAAAUGACCUCAAGAAGGAAUCACUUGCUCUGCAUGAAAUGGUUAUCUCCAGCGGUGGAAACCUGGGGGAUGGACUUGAAGAAAUGUCAUUGUUGCUCAAGAAAGUAAAGAACUGUGUACAUAUGGGGUAUCCAGAAGCAGACGCCUCCGAGAGUGAAAAGAGCUUGGUGCAACACAGAUCUCCUGUGAUCCCAGAUGAUUUCCGAUGCCCAAUAUCUCUUGAAUUGAUGAAGGACCCCGUUAUUGUCUCCACUGGACAGACAUAUGAGCGGUCCUGUAUUCAAAAAUGGCUGGAUGCUGGGCACAAGACUUGUCCGAAGAUGCAGCUGACACUGGUGCACACAGCCCUGACACCCAACUAUGUCUUGAAGGGUCUCAUUGCACAGUGGUGUGAAAACAAUGGUGUUGAGCUACCUAAGAUGCAAGGGAGCUGUAGAAAUAAGAAAUCAGGCAACUGUGUUUCAGACUGUGAUAGAACAGCUAUUGAUGCCUUGCUACAAAAACUGACAAUUGGUAAUACAGAAGAACAGAGAGCAGCUGCUGGUGAGUUUCGGUUGCUGGCAAAACGGAAUGCAGAUAACAGAGUAUGUAUUGCAGAGGCAGGAGCCAUUCCCCUUCUUGUCGAUUUACUAUCCUCCGAAGAUCCUAGGACGCAGGAGCAUGCAGUUACAGCACUUCUCAACCUUUCCAUAAAUGAAGCUAACAAGGGAAGCAUUGUAAAAGCAGGAGCAAUAUCUGAUAUAGUCGAUGUGCUCAAAAAUGGAAGCAUGGAAGCAAGGGAAAAUGCAGCUGCCACCCUUUUCAGUCUUUCUGUGAUAGAUGAGAACAAGGUUGCAAUUGGUGCUGCAGGGGCUAUUCCAGCUCUUAUUGAUCUUCUCUGCCAAGGAAGCCCAAGAGGCAAGAAGGAUGCUGCCACCGCAAUUUUUAACCUUUCGAUAUAUCCGGGCAAUAAGGUGAAGGCAGUGAAGGCAGGCAUCGUAGCACCACUGAUGAGACUGCUGACUGAUGCUGCUGGUGGGAUGGUGGAUGAGGCACUUGCUAUACUAGCCAUCCUUGCUAGUCAUCAGGAAGGGAAAGUAGCAAUCGGUCAGGCAGAACCCAUCCCAGUUUUAGUAGAGGUGAUGAGGACUGGAUCACCACACAAUCGAGAGAAUGCUGCCGCUGUUUUGUGGUCUCUGUGUACUGGUGAUGUACAGCAUCUCAAGACUGCAAGGGAGUAUGCGGCAGAAGAGGUACUUAAGGAACUGGCAGAGAAUGGCACUGACAGGGCCCGGAGAAAAGCUGGAAAUCUUCUAGAGCUCCUACAACGCACAGUCGAUGUGGUUGGUGAACCAUGAAAAUUCAAAUCCCAUGACCACUUCAACAGCAAAAUAUUUUACCAAGACAGAUUUAUGGGAGUUUAUAGAUAAGGCAUUCCAAUGCUAUGAAAGGUGAUUCACAUAUGAAAGUAUGUAUAGAAAGAUGAAAGGGGAUAAGGUUGAGGUCUAGUGAGUGUAAGUUACAGUGUCGUUUCUGGGCGAGUAGAUACUCCACCUUCAUGUAAGGAAGAUAACAGGGCUUCACAUUAUUUUUGAAGCAAGGGAUGUCUGGAUUCCACUCAUAGAAGUGUAAGAUGUCGGAGACUUGAACGAAAAGAACAAUGGCCAUGAGAAAACAAAAUGAGCAUGCCCUGCUAACAGCCUCAAAUUAUGAUUUAAUUUCUGAUUGAUUUGCAGUGGAUGACUAGAAUAACUGGCAGCAUUAGCAACAUAAUUUUAUCGUCUCUUUUCUGAAACUGUAACAUGUGAGAAUCUGUAAAGUUGAAUAAUGUGCAGUGUGUUUUGUAUAUUUAUUCAUUUGGAGCCAUAUAUAUCAUUUGCAUCUGGAGU